CAACAUCGCGCAGGUCAAAUCAACAUUUCAAACGAAUCGCUUCGAAACAGUCUCGCCUGCAGUCCAAAACAAAUUUUUAAGUUUACGUCCAGGAGUACAAGUCCCCUAGACAAAUAAAAUCCCGCGUGCGUGUGUGAUAGAUUCCGAAUUUGAGCCUUGUCAACCGGCGAAAUCAGCUGUAGCCAAGGAAGCAGUUGCGUGUCUGUGUACAAGAGCGCCGUGUGUGUGUAUGUGCGAGAGCGCGAGUCCAAUCAGAGAGCCAGGAUAUCCCAAUAGCAUCCGUGAAAAUCGUUAAUUUUCCCGAUUUUCCCCGAAAAAAUGGAUAUUAACUUUGCUGAUUUGAAGAAGGAGGCAGCCGCCACCAAUGAGGACAUUUUCCAAAGGGCGCAGAAGGCCUACGAGGACCUGGCAUCUUCGCCCAAUGUAAGCAGCGGCGCCCAGGACGACAAUGCCCACACUGAGCACUACUUUGCAAACGAGAAGAAGAACCUGGACUUUGGAGAUCCGCAGGAAUUCGUGCAGCGACUGUCUGCCGGCGCCAAGGAGGCGCAAGUGGAGCUGGAUGCCAAGUUUUCCCAAAAGGUGGAUGAUUUCGGAGACUUUCUGCGCGACGUCGGCCAGGAGGCGAAGCAGGGCAUCAGCGGCUUGACCACUGACUUUAUGAAUGCCGAGCGUGGCUUCUCUGCUCCUUUGGCUGCCUUCUCAGACACCCCAGCACCAGUGGCUCCUGCUCCGGCUCCUGCUCCUGCUCCGGCUCCAGCUUCUGCUCCUGUUCCAGCUCCAACUGAGGUUGCUGCCGUUCAAGAGGAAGAUCUCCUCGGCAGCUUUGGCGGCGAUAAGCCACAGGCUCCACUGCAAUCCUUCCAGGCCACGGCCCCGUCCAGUGCCAAUUUCUAUGAUGAUGACGAUGACGAUUUCUUGGGCAAGCCGCUCGCCGCGGCCCCUGUGAGUGCCAACAACAAGGAUUCUGAUACUGAAUCGCCUUCCGUCUCGUACACACCGUCGCCGGCCAAAAAGCAUAUUGUGGAUGAGCUAAAGGAGCAGGAUAACGAGAAGUUCAUCUCUUCGGAGGAUCUGCUCAGUGACUUCAAGGAGGAGCGCACAGCCACACCGCCAGCUCACAUUUCGGCUCCGGCACCCGCCGUCGCCCCAGUAGCGGCGCCUGUGCCAGUGCCAGUUGUAAAGCCAUCGUCCCCGCCGCCGGUUCCAGUGGUUGUUCCCGCUACAACCGCCUUGGUAACCGACCUUGACGACGAGGAUGACUUCAAGCCCAGCAGUGUCCAGGUGGCUCCCAAGGCCGAGCCAAAACCGGAACCACCCAAGCCCAAGGAGGAGCCGCCCAAGCCAAAGGUCACACCGGUAUCAUCGCAGCCACAGCCCAAGAUUGUGUCCGUGGAGGAGAUCUUCUACAAAUAUGGAUUGGAUGCCUGGUUCAAGCCCGAACGUUUGCACCCGCAAGUGGAAUCCCUGAUCUACUGGCGCGAUGUGAAGAAGUCCGGCAUUGUUUUUGGCGCCGGCCUGAUCACACUGCUGGCCAUCUCCAGCUUCUCGGUGAUCAGUGUCUUUGCCUACUUGUCGCUCCUCGCCCUUUUCGGAACCGUGGCCUUCAGAAUCUACAAAUCUGUGACACAGGCCGUGCAAAAGACAAACGACGGACACCCCUUCAAAGAAUACCUGGAACUGGAUCUGACGCUGUCGCAGGAGAAGGUGCAGAACAUUGCCGGCGUGGCUGUGGCACAUAUCAAUGGCUUUACCGCGGAGCUGAGGCGUCUGUUUUUGGUUGAGGAUCUCAUCGAUUCGAUCAAGUUUGGCGGUCUUCUGUGGGUGUUCACCUACAUCGGUGCCUGGUUCAAUGGCAUGACUCUGGUCAUCUUGGCCUUUGUUUCGCUGUUUACCUUGCCCAAGGUCUACGAGAACAACAAGCAAUCGAUCGACACCUACUUGGAUCUGGUGCGCAGCAAAUUGACAGAGAUCACCGACAAGAUCCGAGUGGCCAUUCCCAUUGGCAAGAAGCCAGUGGCUGCCGCUGCCGAGUCUGACAAGGACAAGUAAAGAGAUCCCGCAAUUAGCUACAGAAACAACAACAAUAAUACAAUGUUUAUUUAUUUAUUAAGCUUUAAUUUUGAAUGGUUUUAAUAUUCAUCCAGGCAUUAAAUAAAUAACAAGUCUUAGCGGCAAUGUUUACAUAUUAAUUGUAUAAUUGCAAUCUACAUCUACAAUCGAUAAUUGUAAAGCCAAUUCAACAAAUUUCAACCCAAACUUAUCAACCAAUAAUAACUUGUAGCAGUUGCAAAUAUUGUCCAACGUGUCUUUAAGUUUUUAACGAACGAAACAAAACAUAAAACAAACAAAACAAAAAAACCAAGAAACAUAGUGAAGAGUGAAAAAAGAUCAUAUAGGCGCAGCAAUGCAAUUAAAACAUUUUCGAGCUCCAGUAAUUUUCAAUUCAAAUCAAACA